CUCAUCUCCUUGUUCAUACCUGUUCAUAUCUUCACUCGUAAUAUAAACUCAAAAAAACGCAAACUUCAUUUACUUUGUUUAAUAGACCAAAUCAAUCUCUUCAUCAUGCAUUUCACGCUUAGCUUUUUUGUUGCUGCCCUCGCUACAUUUGCCGCUGCUUCGCCCAUCGAGCAAAACACUCAUGUGAAAAGUGCUGUAGAUGAAAAGUGCUUCUCUGGUUGUGGUUCUUCCCAUGGAGUUGCAUCACUCGGUCAAGCUACCUGGGGAGGUGGCUACGUGUUUGGGAACCAACAGUACACCAGCUUUACACAAGUCACCGAAAGCUUUCAAAGCUUUGGUACUAUUUGUGCUAACACAGAUUCAUACUAUGGUUAUCCAAUUCCAAGCUAUGGUCACUCAAUUUUCCAACGCUGGCGGAUGUAAUGUGUGCCAGGCAUCAAAUGCCCACCAAUUCACCUCAGCCAUUACACCAGUCUUCCAACAAUUCCAAACCAUGAUCACCAUCAUCACCCAGAGCUACAGCAGCUACAUCCCACAAUGUCAAUCGGACUUCAACAUCCUCUACUCAUGUCUCCGCAUCGUUACAGGAAUUCUUGUGUCUUUGAACAUCAAUGUUUCUAGCUUGUUCUCCAGCAUUGGUCUUGAUCUUAAUCUCUUUUCAGUUGUUGGUAUCAACAUUCAAGUUCUCUUGACUCUAGAUGUCACAGAUCUCUUCAGUGCUCAUGGUCUCGUUGGUGCUGGCGGUUUACUCUAAGACAUGCACUUUUCCAUCACGGUGUUUUCCAUUCAUUGUCUGCGCUUCACUACACUAUGUCUUCUCUUUUUCUUAUAAACUGUUACCUUAUAUGUGCCAUGUCACAAGGCACACCUUCAUGUUAUAGUACCUAAAACACGGACACUUCAACUUGUUAAUAAAGUAUGACUCAGCAUUCUUACCAUU